GCUGCGGGUGAGGCGGGUGAGGCUGCCUCUCAGUCCAGCCUCAGUGAGACAGGGAGCGCUCCGAGCAGCAGCAGCAGUGCCAGCAGCAGAGACAGACGCGGUGACUGGACCUCACUGACCCCGCACAUUCACAGGAAUGGGAAACCAUAUUGUUUCUGACUGCCACCACAAGAAGAUGCCGCUGGGUGAGGACGGACACGCCUGGAAAAAGAAGACCUCUGAUGUCAAGGAGAAGUAUGAUUUCAAAGACAUUCUGGGAACGGGAGCUUUCUCUGAGGUGGUCUUGGCUGAGGAGAAGAAGACGCAGAGAUUGGUGGCUGUUAAGUGUAUUCCCAAGAAGGCAUUGGAAGGCAAGGAAAACAGCAUCGAGAAUGAAAUCGCAGUUCUGCACAAGAUUAAGCACCCAAACAUUGUGUCUCUGGAAGAGAUAUUCGAGAGUAAAUCACACCUCUACCUUGUCAUGCAACUGGUGUCUGGUGGAGAACUGUUUGAUCGUAUCAUAGAGAAGGGCUUCUACACAGAGAAAGAUGCCAGUAAGCUAAUUCAACAGAUUCUGGACGCUGUAAAAUACCUCCACGACAUGGGCAUUGUGCACCGUGACCUUAAGCCAGAGAACCUGCUGUACUACAGCAUGGACGAAGACUCAAAAAUCAUGAUCAGUGACUUCGGUCUGUCUAAGAUCGAGGGCUCGGGCAGCGUGAUGUCGACAGCCUGUGGAACACCUGGAUACGUUGCUCCUGAGGUUUUGGCACAGAAGCCGUACAGUAAAGCUGUGGAUUGCUGGUCUAUUGGGGUCAUAGCAUAUAUUCUGUUGUGUGGAUACCCACCUUUCUAUGAUGAAAAUGAUGCCAAACUGUUUGAACAGAUCCUGAGAGCAGAAUACGAGUUUGAUUCUCCUUACUGGGACGAUAUCUCUGAUUCAGCUAAAGACUUUAUAGUACAUCUUAUGGAAAAAGAUUCUAAUGAACGCUUCACCUGUGAGCAGGCUCUGCAGCACCCUUGGAUUGCUGGAGAUACCGCCCUGGACAAGAACAUUCAUGAGUCUGUCAGUGCUCAGAUCAAGAAAAACUUUGCUAAGAGCAAAUGGAAGCAAGCAUUCAACGCCACCGCAGUGAUCCGUCACAUGAGGCGUCUCCAGCUUAGCACUGGCAGUGAAGGACCUGGCCCCACCUUGUCUGAUCCGUGCCAAGCCCAUCUGCUGAUGGAAGAGGAAGGAGCGCUUUGUGAAGGUGGUUGCUCUCAGAACAUGGAUGGAGGAGCAGACCCUUUGUCCAACUGCACCUACCGCUGCCACCCAGCCAAUAGUGUGUGAUAUCUAACCCCCCUUCAUGUACCUGUUAAUCCCGAUUCACUUUCCAAUUUUAACCCCCCUCGGUGGAACCUGAGGCACCGUCCCCCCCCCCCCCGCUUAUCUGGCUGGGAACACAGCGCCAUUCCAACCUGUCGCCUGCAGGGGGAGCAAGACUGUCAAGCCUGAAAGGGAAGAAAUAUAUCGUGUUGAAAGGGAGGUGGAGGGAGACUUGCUGUAAUGCUUAUGCACCAAGGCAGAUCAUUUUUGGGAUGAGUUGAAAUGCAUGAAAAGGAAGAAGGGAAAGACAUCCUCCCCCUCCUUCAUGUCUGGGGGCGGGGGAUUGUGUUUGCAGAAGCAAGACAGAGCUUGCUGGACGUUUUAUUUUAAGAAAUUUUUUUUCAACUUGUCUUUUUAUGUUUUAUCGUUUUACAUUUUUGUGUUAUUACCCUCCUUCUUUAAGACUUUGGAGCGUUAAUCACAGUAUGGUACCUGCAUGACAACGAAACGAAUCCCCACUGCAUGAUUUAUUUAAACAAAAAAAAAAAACACUCUGUAUUGCAGAAAUGCAGUACCACAUUAUAGCAGUAAGAUGGAGUAUUUGGAAAUGUUUUAAUGGAAAAUGUUGCUAUAUAACAGAUUUGCAUUCUAUGUCUUUAAAACAAUUUGUGGCAGAGCAGUUCCUCCAAUGAAAAUUAUACCAUGCAGUUUUUUAUGAUGUAGCCUUUCUUUCUCCACCAUGAAGUGGUUUGGAGUUGAGAGGAAAAGGCUUCCCUGUUCUCCUUUUAUUUCCAACAAAUCAAACUUCAGCAACAAGAGAUGUUUUCCUAUGUAAGGUGCCUUUUUAGAAUCCACAGUUUCAUUUGGUGGUAAGGUUGCUUAAAAAGUGGUUUCUUUUUCUACGAUUAUGGGAUUGUGUGUGUCUCAUGUAAACUUAAAUAUAAUUUUUCCUUAUUAAGGCUGGGUACAGAUAGGAUGCCUGCACAAAAAAAGUUGUUUUCUUAAACAUUAAAUAUUUGACAACAUCCUGGUUGCAACAUUUUUAGUGUGAAAUAGUCUUUUUGUAUCCAAACUAUAAGAUGCUGAAGAGUUUAAAACUGAUGUUUGCAGUUUUUUUUAUUUUUUUUAUCUGCGUCUCCAGUGCUUCUCAACGCCGUUCAGAUCAUUUUGUUAAGAAAUAAACUGUAUGCAUUGCUUUCACCUGCACCUGAAGUCUGCAAACAUGGCUCUGUAGUGCUCUGUAGGAGCACUCUUAAUCAUCAGGCAUGUAGACCGCUAUAAAUGCAUAAAAAUUAUUCUCACCGUUUAAUAAACAGCACUAGUUCGAGCAAGUUGCACACCUACAUAAAAAAUUACACCUUUAUGCAUCCGAGCAGGAAACAGAGCUGUUGUCUUAAUGAAAAUGUGACAUUCAAAGCUUAUUUAGUGAAGUACUGCCUUUUUUAUUUCCUGUUCAUAUUUUUUUGUUAAUUUUCAUUAAAUGCAGCAUGAUUCAUAAGCAACCUUUUUAACCAGAAGGGUUUUAUAACCCCCAACAAAACUGAUACAAUAAAAAAAAAAAGCAGUCAAAUAUGGCUCUUUCAGUCAGAGUUUACAGAUCGCUCUCAUCUGCUUCUCUUCAACAUGUUUCCCAGCCUUAAAAAAAGACAACAAAACUUUAAAGACUGGAAUUACGCAACAGGUAAACUCAUUCCAUAUUAAUUCACAUUGUUUGUGCGUAUCUUUUUAUUUCAGUUUCCCCUAUUUUUUUUUUGUAAAAUAAAUUUCAUUGCACUUUUUUUUUUCCAAGAUAUCUGUUCCUGUUUAGCAUGUUUUUAGUGUUGUUUAGCAUACAUAUUUUUGUACUGGAUGUGGAGAAGCUUUUAUGCAAAUGUUUCCGAAUGAUCCGGUGGGAACCCGCUGCAAAAACUCAACUGGCUCUAAUGGACAAUAUGAGGAACUUCCUUUGGUUUUGGGCUUCGUUUCCUAUCAGUAACCGCUACACAUUUAGGCUCCCGCUUCUCUCCAUCAGUAUUUUGUAUUUGCUCUUCAUGGUGGCUGGGUUUGCCUUGGGAAUUGUUAAUAUCUCAAAUGAUGAUUAUAAAAGGAAAGAUGUUGCCAGACCUUGCUUUCUUUUACUUAAAAAUCACGCAGACCGUGAAAGAGCACAGGUCAGUGUAAUAACUACAUUUCAAAAAGUUCAACCUUGAAUGUGCUGCUUUGGAAAAAAAAAUAUCUAUGAGCUUUAUGGUGCAGUUUUACUGGAUAGUCCUUGUAGUGUUUUCGGGCUGUAAUGAAACUGGUGACUCUGAACUGUAAAGUGCAUUUAUUAGAGACGUUAUUUUGGCAGAGAAAAAAAAAAAAAGGUUCAGUAUGAAUCGUUUGUAUGUCCUGGAGUACUGUAACAUUAAAGCAGAAAAAGCACAGGGGGCGCUGAGAGGAAGCCUGUCCGCUUUCAGCUGAUUCAAUAUACAAUCUGAUGUACUGACGAUAAUUAAAACAACUUUACUAUUUUGAA